UUUUUCUUUUUCUUUUUUUUUUUUUAAGUGAAAACAAAAAUUUUAUACCAGGGGAAAAGGAGAUUGGGGGGGAAAAGUCUGUGGUCACACAAGUUCCUUACAAAAUGAUGUCUUGUUUCUGGUGAAAUGGAUCCUCCUUUAUCUGACGUCAAAUGACUAAACUAUUGUUGUCCUCAGAAAGACACUUGGCUAGGAUUUCCACUUGCCUUUAUAUUUACUUAGUAAAAGGUGUUUGUGGUGAUUCACUUUCAGAGAAAGAAGAAAGGAGAGGAGAGAACCCACAUCUUUAAGAGGCUAAAGGACAAAGUAUUGAAAUGGCCUGAAAAGUGUUCAGAAUUUAACACCAGCAAAUCAAAUGUUCACCUGGGAUUCAACCGGGAAGAAACGAAAGAAAAAUCAAUAUGCAGUCAAAGAACAGCCUCGUUUUUCUAGAACGUGACCCUCCAGGAGAGUUCCAAGGAAGCUGUUCCUUAGCAACAGCCCCGAAGCCCAGAAACUGCCCUAAACCCUGAUGGUCAGCUCCAGCUUCUGCCUGGACGUCAGACUUCUUGCCGAAUCUCCUUACCAGGGAAAUGCAUGUGGCGGUGGUGGCAGCAGACGUGAUCUUGCUCCUAAGCAUGGGGUGGACUUCAGACGCCCUCUGCUCACCCACCAUUUUUUACAGGGACUGCUGGAUCCGUCGCUUCCCGGGUCUUCUGGUCGACCUGGAGGAGUCUCAGAAGAUGGGAGCUCAGUUCUUGAGGUAUUAUUCUGAAAGCACUGGCCAGAAAUGCAGUAGGAGCUGCUGUCUGAGGAAGGAUGUUGCCUGUAACUUGGCUGUCUUCUACCACGAUCCCAUGCAUGACAAUGUCAACUGCCUCCAUAUCCACUGCCCGACGCUGGAAAGCUGCAUAUUGGAGCCUGGAACCAGUGCCAUUUUAUAUAACGUAACGGACGGUAUAGAUCCAGAUUUGCUGGUUUUUGGACAAUCACCUCCCACAUAUCUAAAUACCCGUUCUUCAUCUGAUAGAUGGGACAGACUAAGAAAUCUAAAAACUAUGAAUUUAGAUAAACAAACCACCAUGAUAAACCAAAUGCUAACAUCAAUAGAGGCUCCAUCAUCAACCACACAUCAAGAGUUGGUUAACGCAACCCAUACCAGGUAUUCCGAGGAAUUAACCACAGAUUCUUGGGCAAGAUUAAUUUCCCUGAAUGGUUCCAUUGCCACAAAAAAAAAUAAGGUGUCACCCAGUGCUGAUUUCAUCAACAAUUCAGAUAACAAGACUAUUUCUCCUUUCUUUGUGCCCAUAGACACAAAACUUUCUCAUAUGCCCAUUCCAUCCCGACUCAACAGCAGCAAGCAGUUACUGAACAAAACCAAAGGGUACAACAGCAGAAACCACACAUCUGAGAACGAAGACAAAACACCAGAUGGGACAUCUGUGACUUCAAAGACGUGGUUGAUUCCUGUGGCUCUUUGUACCUCUGUCCUCUUUCUUUGCUGUUGUAUAGUCAUCCUGGCAUCUGGAUGCUGUCAAAAGAAGCAGGGCCAGUAUAAACCAGGACAGAGAAAGUCAGGAUCCAGGCAAAGGAAAAAAAUGUAACAUUCUGAAGGAGAACUCUUAGUAGUAAAAGUUGUAAGAGAUUGUAAGAUUUCAAGAGUAUCAUUUUUAGUUUUGUGUAAGACAAGGGCAGUUUGUUUCAAAAAUAAUUGCAUGGGAUGCCCACCACCACCAAUGUCUAAAAAAACACACUAAUGCUUGAUAAACAGAACUUUUUUUAUUACUUUUUUUUGAAUAGUGUAUUCUUUGUCAAUUUUCUAAAAUUCUGACUUCUGCAGUUAUUUAGCAUCAUGUGAGAGAUAUGGUUCUAAAUGCUAUACAUUUAUUAACUCCCUGAAUCCUCAUAAUUCUGAGUCAGAUAAACUAAUA